AGUGCGUCGAAUAAAUAUGCAAAAUAUACAAAACAAUUAGUACAUCAUUCCGUACGCGUAUGUGCAGUUAUAUCCUCGCGAGGACACACACGAAUAUACGCUUGAAUAGUCGGGCGAGGGCAGGACCUUUUCAUCGAGAGAAAAAAUAAAAUAAAACAAAGUCCAUUGGUCAUUUGUAAAAUAAUAAUAACGUCAGGAUGAAUUGUCGUCAGAUACGCAAACUGCCAGCACCGUUCGCAGCCGACAAGACGAACUACCACGAGCGGGACUUUAGCUCGGCGGUGCGGCGUGUUUGCGCGGCUCAGCCGCUCAUGCCGCGGAUUUCCAAAGUCAUAGUCCUCGGGGACGUCGCCACCGGUAAAACAGCCUUGGUCAAUCGCUUCUGUCACAAGUCAUUCGACUGCAAUUACAAAGCGACAAUCGGCGUGGAUUUCGAAGUCGAGAGAUUCGACAUUCUCGGAGUUCCUUUCAAUCUGCAAAUAUGGGACACAGCGGGCCAGGAGAGAUUCAAAUGCAUCGCGGCUUCGUACUACAGAGGAGCGAACGUGAUCAUGGUCGUGUUCGACUUGGGCAGCCUGAUGUCGCUGCACCACUGCGAGCAGUGGCUAUCCGAGGCUAAUCGAAGCAACAACGGACCCUACCACGUCUUCCUCGUGGGCACGAAACGAGAUCUAUUGUCGAACCAGGUGUACGAGAUCGUGGAGAAGAAGGCGAGCGACAUAGGCCGUCGGAUGCACGCCGAGUUCUGGGCCGUGUCGGCGCGAACCGGCGACGGGGUGAACGAGCUGUUUGCCCGGCUGGCGGCUCUGGCCUUCAACGCCAGUGUCCUCAGGGAGAUCCAGAGCGUCCGCAAGGAGCCCAUCACCUUCGGCACCGACCUUAUCCGUCUGAAUAAAGAGACAAAAAAAGUCAGGACAAAAGACAGAAGGUUACCGAAAUGCUCAAAUUGUCAAAACUGAUGGGAUUUCAAUCGAGAUCUUGCGAGAUAGAGUCCAAAGACGGCGCUCGAAGCAGCAAAUUUGACACGUUUCGCCGCAAUAAUUUCUGCAUUAUAAUAGACUAAGUUGAUUAUAUAUUUUUCAAUGUUAUUAUCGAUAAGUGCGAACAUCAACGAUUCUACAGUUAUCUGUGAUGAUGCCAAUGAGUAUGAGAGUUAUGCACUGUUUUAUAAUCGAUUUGCCCUCGUAUUGAAAGUCUCGGGCGGCAAAGCCUACCGACUGUCAUUAACGGCAUGGUAACGACUUGACGAAAGUAUUUGUACUCAUCGAACUAUAACUAUGUCAAUGUAUUGUAUAAAAUAUUAAUUAAAUUAAUAUUAAUGAAAUAGCUAUAAGCUACAAUUUUGUACAAAAAUCGGACUUUUCAUCAAAAUUAUUAUAAUUUACUGUGUUUCGACUUAAAUGUUAUCCACUCAUCAAUGAUAGA